AUCCGGGUAAAAGAUGGUAUGAAAACCACCUGGAGAUUGAAAGAGCGGUGGAUUGGGGCAGAAAAUGCUGGGAACCCUAAUCCAUCGUCUAUCUAUCUUCUGAAUCUAAAUAUAUAACUAUAUAUAUAUAAUAAAUUAAUUUUAAUGGUCGAUUUAUUACUAGCAUCACUAAUAAUCAAUCUCGAUUUCAUUCCAAUUGUAUAUUUCGUCUUCUGGUAUUCAUUUCUGGAAUUUAUCAUCAAAAAACUAAUGGCCGAUUUCAGAUCCAUUCAAAUCCAACAACAUCAUCAUGAUCUCCAACAACAACAACAACCAGAUGAAGAAGACCUAAUUAGAGAAAGAAUCAUAUUUCCUGUUAAUCUGGAUUUAAUUCAUCAAUUAGAACAAAAUUACGAUGACGUCAGCGAAGAUUAUGAUGAAGAUGACGAUUACGAUGAUGAUGAUGUAAACACUGUGUUAAUAGAGGAUUACGAUGACGAUGAUGAUGAAGAGUUGAUUCCUGUUCCAAUUGAAGAUUUUGAUGACGAAUAUGAUUUUGAAGAUGAUGAUUUUGACGAUGAUUUUGAUGAUGAUUAUCCUGAUGAUUUUGAUGAUGAAGAAGAAAAUUAUAUGACGUCACCUUCUAGGGUUUCGAAUUCGGUUACGGUGAAUGUUUGUGGUAAUGGAACGGAAGAGACGAGUAGUAGUAGUAUUAGUAACGGUAACGGUGAUCACAUUGACGGUUUAAUUUGCCCGAUUUGCUUUGAACCGUGGACCAGCUGUGGAACUCAUCAAAUUUGUUGCUUACCUUGUGGACAUCUAUAUGGGUUGUCAUGUAUUAAGAAGUGGCUUUAUCAACGUCGAAGUUCUGGGAAGUGCCCUCAGUGCAACAGUUUAUGCACAUUUAAGGAUGUGAGAGUGCUGUAUGUAAAUCGGCUUUGUGUUGCUGAUGAAGAGUUACAGAAGAGAGUGCGGUUACUUGAAGCUAAAUGUGCUUAUCUUGAACAAAAGGUCGUCCCAUUAACACCUGAUGAGUUGAUUGGUCAGAUCUGCAACAACCCGACUCUUUUGCAACGACUAGCAACAACGCUUACUGAGUUACAGCAGCCACAGGUUUCCCCUUGAUGCUAAUUCAUCCUGUAAAUUUGUUGAACCUGUUUAUAUUGUAGUGGUAAAUUUAUGUUUUUCCGUUUGGAUCCAUUCAUUUUGCAAUCAAGCACUUUUGUGAGGAUAAUUCAAGGAUUGUUGAGUUA